AUGCCAGAGGAAGAUUUGGUAGAACUCAAAUUCCGGUUAUAUGACGGUUCAGAUGUUGGCCCGUUUCAGUACUCUCCAACCGCCACAGUCUCAAUGCUUAAGGAGAGAAUCGUCUCUGAGUGGCCAAAAGACAAGAAGAUUGUUCCAAAGUCGGCUAGUGACAUCAAGUUGAUAAACGCUGGUAAGAUUUUGGAGAAUGGUAAAACUGUUGCACAGUGUAAAGCUCCUUUUGAUGAUCUCCCUAAAUCCGUCAUUACAAUGCAUGUUGUCGUGCAACCGUCUCAAACAAAAGCAAGACCAGAGAAAAAAGUCGAAAAGGUAGAAACUCCACAGAGAAGCUUUUGCUCAUGUACCAUAAUGUGA